GCAAUGUCUCUAUUGGUUCGAACCCUGCUGUUGCCAGCGGAGACUCGUUUCGGCACGAACGUCAUAAUGAUGACGAGGCUUGUGGACCUGCGGGGAGAGCUCACGGAGCUCGUGGUCACUGAUUGCUGGCAUGAGACUGUUUGGUCUACCAUCAAGAUCCGCAAGGACGCCACAGAGGUCACUGCGUGUAUCGGGUCUCCUCCAUGGUGGGAGGAUUUAAGAGUUUUGUGUAGGAUGUUGGAGCCUAUCAUGGAUAUGUUGAGGUUGGUCGACAGCGACACACGCCAGAUAAACAAGAUUUUGCGUCCUUACGAGGUGAUGAUUGCAUCUUGCUUGUCUGCGUGCCGCGACAUCGAUCGGGAGCAGCAGGACACUAUUUUGGAGGUGUUUGACAGGCGGCGUACCAUGUUCCGGACACCCGCCCACACAACAGUCAUGUUGCUGGAUCCCAAGUUCCGAAACCCGACGCUCAACGAUGACCAGGAGGUGCAACAGGGAUUAAUCGAAGCCUUGGUCCAGUUCGGCUACCCAGAGGGAUCGGCGCAGCACAGACAGACCGUGGAGGAGGAGGUGGCAGUGGACCAGCAACUCGUCAGAGGUAGCGGUGCACUGGCGAGGGUGACCGAGGAGGAGUUGACUCACGCCAAAGAGAGGAUGCGCAUCGUUUCCCGCAUGGGAGCCAUGCGUCGGGUGGCGGAGUCCGACAGGAGGCGACGUAGGGGCGGAGGUCGUGGACGUGGCGGGCGUGGGCGAGUAGGUGUCGGAGGAACGAGGCAUGGUGGCGGGCAUGCUGCAUCUGGGACUCGUCGACAGCGGGCGAAUGGUUUCAUCCGCAAGGCCCGCCAGCGUUGGGACGAGGGAGACUUCUUAUUCGACAGCUCGUCCAACGACGACGACGAUUUCUUUGCUAUGGGGACCGCCGCGCAUACAGACGAUGAGAGAGGUGACUGUGACGAUAGAGGUGAUGGCAGAGGUGGCGGUGACGGGGGAGGUGAUGGCAGAGGUGGGGGUGACGACAGAGGUCACGGAGGAGGUGGGGGCGACGACAAAGGUCACGGAGGAGGUGGCGGCGACGAGGGAGGUGACGACAGAGGUCACGGAGGAGGUGGCGACGACGAGGGAGGUGACGACAGAUGUCACGGAGAAGGUGACAGCGACGAGGGAGGUGACGACAGAGGUCACGUAGGAGGUGGCGGCGACGAGGGAGGCGACGACAGAGAUCACGGAGGGGGUGGCGGCGACGCGGGAGCUCAUGGCAGAGGUGGCUGUGAGGAGUAUGAGGACGACGGUCUUGUGCGUGGUCGUCGCUUCGUCUUGAAGCGGUUGAGACACGGGGGCAAACAAGAUAACAACAUCGGAUCUCGUGUGCGCAGACGUCGUCUUCAGACUCUUCACGAUGCGACCGUCACGGAGGCAAGCGUCAUGCAGCAUGAGCAGGUUGUCGUGUCUGAGGACUCCCUGAGCGACACGGAGGACUUGGACUUCAUUCCUUGUGAUGCUGACCUGAGGGGCGAGGAGCAUUAACCCGGUUUCGUUGAGGUGCCGACCACGUCUGUAGCGGCGAUUACAGCUCUGGCGGAGAGUAGAGCAGGGUUGGCUCGUCCGAAGUCUCCGGCAUG